UUGAUGCCGAAGACGCCAUUUUUGUUGCGGCGUAGGGAUUUAUUUCAAUCCGUCUCCAUCGUCGCUUCAUUGUUAGAUAAAUGACUUGAUUUCUUAUUUUCGAGUCGCCAAUAAAAUACUCUUAACCAAAAUGUGGAAAAUACGCGAAUUACAGGACAAAGUCACGAAUGUAGUUAUGAAUUACACUGAAAUUGAAGCCAAAGUAAGGGAAGCCACAAAUGACGAUAGUUGGGGUCCUCACGGAACUGUAAUGGCGGAGAUUGCAAGGUACACUUUUACGUACGAACACUUUCCAGAGGUCAUGUCCAUGUUAUGGAAAAGAAUGUUACACGAAAACAAGAAGAACUGGCGGAGAAUUUACAAGGCUUUGCUGCUUCUUACGUAUCUGGUGAAGAACGGAUCUGAGCGAGUGGUAACCAAUACGAGAGACCACAUUUACGAUUUAAGACAGCUAGAAAACUUCAAUCACACCGACGAAUUUGGGAGAGAUCAAGGAAUUAACAUUCGACACAAAGUAAAAGACCUUGUUGAGUUAGUGCAAGAUGACGAAAGAUUGAAGCAAGAACGGAAGAGGGCCAAGAAAAAUCGUGACAAGUACAAAGGAGUUUCUAAUGAUGACUAUACAAGAUCAUAUAGUGAUCGUUAUGAUUCUGAACCUCGGGGCACAGACCAAUUUGAUGAAUUUAACGGAAGAACAACACGCAAAAGUAGAAUCAGAGACUGGAGGGAAAGAGCUGGGUCAUAUGGAGAGUACAAAGACAAAGACAGUGAGGAAGAGGAAGCAGAGGAAGCAGAGGAAGAAAAAGACAAAAACAGCACAAGCAGUCCAGAUUCUUCCCAAAAUCCAACCCCAAAGCUACAGUCUAAACCUUCAAGGACUAUUGAUCUUGGGGCCGCAGCAAAUUUUGGAAAACUAGAUAUAACAAAGAACAAAUCUGAAAAACCAGUCCAAAGUGCAGCUCAGUCUACAGUGUCUUCCAGUCGUGCAGACUUGGUAGACUUAUUCUCUGGGCCUUCUGGCACAGCGCUUACAGCACAACCCUUCCAGGCUCCUCCCGCCUCGGUUGUGCCAUCAUCAAAUGAUGAUAGUUUUUUUGCAGACUUUGCUUCUGCUCCUGCCGAGGGAGGAACCAUCAGAGGAUCAGAAAAUGUGAAUUUCAGCAAUGGUACUCCAGAAGCAAGUGAUGACUUUGGUGAUUUUGCAGCUUUCCGUACUGGAAGUCCUCCCCAGAGCAAUUUGUCCGAUGAUGCAUUUUUUUCUGGUUUUGAGAGUAAUACUACACCUCAGUCUAAUCAGAUUACAGUGAGCCAGUCAGUUCCUCAAAAUGCAAGUCAGUUUUUCUCUGCUUCCCAAUCUCAGUCAGUAGUGAAUCCCCCUCUUCAGCCACAAAGCACUGUGCUUCCAGGGCUACAUCCUCAAUUGGGUCCUCUGACUCAACCUGGGUUGCAGCCUCAACCAGGGCUACUGUCUCAAACCUCACUACAGCCGCAACCAUCACUACAGUCACAACCUGGGCUACAGCCCCAAGCUUCUCUACAGCCUCAACCUGUGCAUUCUGCCUUAAUGAAUAACCAAUUUGUUUCUGGAGCAAUGCAGGGCCAGAUACCAAACACCCAGCUUUUUGUUCAACCUCAACCAAGUCAACAACCAAUGCUGAUAAAACCACAGACUAUGACCCCAUCAAAGCCAUUAUUACCCAGUGGAAAAUCAUCUUCAAGUGUGAUGGCAGAGGGCACACCUUUACGUCAGAAGGCGGUGAAAUCAACAACAUGGUCAAACAGUCCAGUUGACAUUAGUCUAGACAAUUUAAGCCCCAUGAGCCAUAAGGACAAACCAGCUCAGCCAAGCAUGAAUGAGUUGUAUUCAAACCAACAGCAGGUUCCAUCAGCAGCAAUGGGCUCCUAUAACAUGCCACAGCAGGGUAUGUACCCCAUGGGGAUGCCAUCAGUGAACACAAAUUACCCUGUCAUGGGCAUGGCAGCACCACAGAUAAACAUGGUGGGUCCAAACAUGAGUCAGAUGGCAGUGUCAUCUAAUGUGCCCAUGAUGCCAAUGACAAACAGAGCAAUGGGAAUGAUGCAGCCAAGACCAAUGGGACAAAUGCCAAGCUUUGGCACUAGUGGUUAUUCAACUUACAAAGGUGUCAGUUGAUGUUAAAGGCUUUGGACAGAGUGCAUUAACAGCUAAGCUAGUGCAUCCAAAUAAGGUUGUACUGUUGGACUAAAAUUCCCAUCUAGCGAGAAAUACACCAUUAAAUAGUGCAAAAUUAAAAUUUAAUCAAAUUAAAUUCAUCAUUGGCUGGGCCAAAUUGAGAUAAGGUGAGACGUUGUGAAGGAGGUUGAAGACCAAGGUUGAUUUUCCCUAUUACUUGAAUUUUUUUGCAACUCUUUGUUUUCAUGAUUACCAAAAUAACUAGAACUGUAAAUGACAGUCAUGUGAAACGCAGUGUCACCUUCUUAAAAUGCAUGUAUGACCAAAAUUUUGUGGCCUUAAUUCCUCCAGAUAUUCAUGAAAUAACCAAUAGGUGAUAUGUAUAACAUAACUUCAAGGGAAAAAUACCAUGAUGAUGGCAUUAUGUACCAUUUAAAAGUAUCAUAAACAAAAUAUUUUUCUUGUUGUUACUGUUGAAAUCGUUAACUAUUAUUUUGGAGAAAAAUUGCAAAAUUCGUCGUGAAAUGGGGGAAUAAUCUUGACAAAAUCACCUGAUAGAGGUGUUAUGAAUACAGUGCAAGAGACUUCAGAAUUCUUUCCCACACACAAACACACACACACACACACACACACGCACAAGUGUAAAACAACAUUCUUGAAAAUUUCUUGUAAUAAGGUGGUACAGAAGAUGCUAAACAGCCAUAUAGAUAGACUAGUUCUUGUUGAAGACUUUACUAAAAGGAUAGUGGGUUUCGAUUGAUUUUUGUUAAUUUGGGAGAGAAGAAAUUCCACAAUUAUAUCAUGUUGAAUCAAUCUUACAUUUUAUCAGUCCUCUACAUAGAUACUGGCUCGAAAGGUCACUCAAUCUUAUUGUUAUAUACUGGGUAAUCACUCACAACGUGUCCAUGCUUAGGAUUAAUGAAAUGCCAAUGACUUUGAUAUUAAGGCAGGUUGUGAACUACAAAGAAUUUGAUUUUUUUUUUCUUUUUACAAGAAAGAACCAGUUGGACAACUUAAAAACAACAAGAGAGGCACAGUGUAUGAUUAAGAAGUAUUCCUUUUUAAGUCACCUACCUUUGCUGCAUGAUGUACAUUGCAGUUUUGACUUAAAUGUCUGCCCUAAGGGUGAAAAUGAUUUUUUGUUUUGUUUUGUUUUGAGUUUUCUUAACAAACUGUAUUGAAGUCACAAUUUGUUUCCUACACAUACGAGUCUACUAAACCACAUUGGUGUCCAUCACUGAGAAUGCUAACAUUACUUUUGGUAAUUUCUGGUUGCCAUCCGAACUUGAAUUACAUUACACACAAUUAUCCGGCCUAUUUAUCAUAGCUAAAAUUGACUAUGUUAUUAGAGACAUCAAAAAUGCAUUUAAAAUGCAAUCUUAAAAGGGGCAAGAGUAGUUAAAGCAGAACAUUUGCAUUCUACAGAGUGAUUAGGUUAGAAGGACAUUGAUGUAACAAAUUGUUAAUUUUUAUUAUCCUCAAAUUUACAAUGUAAAUGUUUUUAAUUAUCUACAUCUUUGCCAACUAAAAAAAAAUGAACUAGCCUGAUGAUUUUGUUGCAUGCACAAAUAAGAUAUAUUAAGAGAGGAAAAAAUUGUCAAGCUGAGGUUUGAGUUUUACGAAUGUAUUCUGUGAUGUAUUUUUCUCCAGAUUUGCUCAUCUUUGCACCUUUUCAGUUGUGUAAUUAUGAGUGUCUUUAUGAUCUUCAGGGCAUGGUAGAAACACUUUAAAUACCUCCAUGAUCUGUUUGUGAAAUUUUCUAGCUGGUAUCUCUGACAGCAAUGCUGAGGAGAUAUUUAAUUUCAAAAUUAAUUUUAAGAAUAUAUUUGCAAACUAAAAAGCUGUCUUGUUUAGAGAAUAAUCAAGAAAUCUGCAGUAAAGAUAAACAAUAGGUUCUCAAAGAUCCUGUCAGGGAAUGGGAAGGGCAGUUUUUAUUUUUGAAUUAAAAAAACUUGUGAAACAUUACCUUAAUAAAAUUAAAGUGCCAAGGGAGGAACAAAAUCUAUUCACAAAUUAAUGCUCAUUUACAGGACAUUUACAUUAAAUAGGCUGGAGUGAUUUUGCCUUAAAAAUAUGACAUCUCCUUUUGAAAGGGUUUGGCAUGCUAACAGUAAAGUCAAAUUUUCAAUUUUACUUCAAAAGUAAGAUUGUUUUACAAUGACUGUAUUGCUAAAUGUAGCUGUAACUGAGGUGACAAGCAUUCGUACUGCAAAGUUAUUCUUCCCUGAAACAAUUUUUUCUCUGGUGAUGUCAUAUCAUCUCUUUGGCAUGUGCUAUGAUGCCGUUUAUUUUAAAGAAAGGUUUGAAUGGUUUUCUCAGAUCUCUCUAGUGUCUAAACAAACUAAUAUUCAGGAUAACAGUCAUCAGGCCCCUAAAUCCCAGAAUUCAAAUGUUUAUCAGGUGUUUCUCUUCAUUAGAGAUACAUGUUAUGGUUAACUACUAAAUCUUUUAAAUAGCCAUUUUAGCAGUUAUAAUUAAUAUACCUUCCUACUUAUACUCAUUUGACAAAGAUUUUGUAUUACAAAAUGUAAAUAGAAAAAAAAUGUAAAAUAAAUCUCUUUUCAUGAAAGGGUAAUCUUGCUGGAACACUCUUAAACUAGCCCCAAAAUUUUCUCUAUUUUUAUGUUAGAUUCUAAGGCUUGAUGGAGGUGGAAUAAAACUUUUUGUUAAUUUCUGA